CACCGCCGCCGCAGCAGUCGUCUCCUCCGGCCUCGCGAUGUCGAAGUCGUCGUCGUCGUCUCAGCGACGCCUUCGGCGGGGGCGUCUUCGACGACGCCGUCGUCGUCGAUCAAGCCCGACGACUACGCGCACAGCCCCUUCCACUACGCCGUCGCGCUGGGCGACGGCAAGACCCUGUCCCGCCUCCUCUCCUCCCUCCCCCGCCUCGCCGACCCCGGCCUGGUGCACUCCGAGUCCGAGUCCCUCGCCCAGGAGGUGCUCGCCGACCGCAUCGCCUCCGCCGUCGACCGCCGCGACGUCCCCUUCCGCGAGACCCCGCUCCACCUCGCCGUCCGGCUCUCCGACGCCGCCGCCGCCCGCUCCCUCGCCACCGCCGGCGCCGACGCCUCGCUCCAGAACGCCGCCGGGUGGAACCCGCUCCAGGAGGCGCUCUGCCGGCGGAACGCCGAGAUCGCGUCCGUCCUCCUCGAGCACCACCACCGCUCCGCCUGGUGCAAGUGGCGCCGCCGCCUCCCCCGGGUGAUCGCCGUGCUCCGCCGCAUGCGCGACUUCUACAUGGAGAUCUCGUUCCAUUUCGAGAGCUCCGUCAUCCCGUUCGUCGGGAAGAUCGCCCCCUCCGACACGUACCGGAUCUGGAAGCGCGACGGCAAUCUCCGGGCGGACACCUCCCUCGCCGGCUUCGACGGCCUGAAGAUCCAGCGCGCCGAUCAGAGCUUCCUUUUCCUCGGGGAAGGGGACCAGAGCCACGGCGUCCCCGAGGGCGCCCUCCUGGUCCUCAACCACGACAACCGGAAGAUCUUCAACGCGUUCGAGAAUGCCGGUGCUCCCAUGAGCGACUCGGACAUCGCCGGCUUCUGUUCCCAGACGAGCGUGUACCGUCCAGGUAUGGACGUCACGAAGGCUGAGCUCGUCAGCAGAACUAAUUGGAGAAGACAAGAUAAGACGGAGUCCAUCGGCGAGUGGAAGGCCAGGGUUUACGAAGUCCACAAUGUAGUGUUCAGCUUCCGAUCGCGCAAGGUCACCUCGUCGGAGAACGACGUCGCCGGCAGCGAGCAGGUAUUGCCGCUUGAGCUCGACGAGGACGACGAUGGCUUCCUCGUAGCCGAGAAUCCCCAGUUCAUGUUCUCGAACCCCAGCAAUAACAACAGCGAGAGACGGAGGCACAGCAGCUUCGUGAGGGAGGAGAGGGAAUGGGUGCACGUGGGGAGGAAGAGCGUGGACGUGGUGCCCUUCUCCGCGGCGCCGGUGGCCCCGCCGCACCGGAGGGCCGCGAUCGCGGUCGCGCCGAGCCCGCAGACCAAGGAGAAGGAGUACGUGAAGAGCCUGAGGCCGUCGGUCUGGCUGACCGAGCAGUUCCCGCUGAAGACGGAGGAGCUGCUGCCGCUGCUCGACAUACUGGCCAACAAGGUGAAGGCCGUCCGGAGGAUGCGGGAGCUGCUCACGACCAAGUUCCCGCCGGGCACUUUUCCGGUCAAGGUGGCAAUUCCGGUGGUCCCGACAGUGAGGGUGGUGAUAACGUUCACAAAGUUCGUCGAGCUCCAGCCUACCGAACGGUUCUACACGCCGCUCUCGAGUCCCAGGCAUCUCAAUGGCGGAUCGAGAAGCGGGUCUGAGGAGGACCAGAAAUCGGAAUCCUUCUGGUCCUGGCCAUCGUCGUCGUCGUCAUCAACGUCGUCGUCGGCGUCAUGGCUCCGGCGGAGCAGUAGCCGGUCGGCAGGAUCAAGCAAGGAGCAGCCGCGGUGUCCCCCGCAGCAGUCCGAUCCUUUUGUAAUACCUAGCGGAUAUUCAUGGAGUAGCAUCGAUGAUAAAUCGCAUAAGAUGAAGAAAUCCAAGUCAGUCAGAAAAUCUAAGUCGUAGGUCCAAUUGGGAUUCUUUUCUUCUCUCUUUUUUCGUUUUAGCUAAAGGGAAAAGGAAACAAGAUGGGCAGGCAAGAAAAAAGAAAAAAAAAGAAAAGUUGAGCCUUUGUACUCUUUCAAAGCUGGAAAAGGAGGAAAAAGAAAGUCAAAAAAAGAAGAGCCAAGAUCAUAAAUGCAAUAGUGGUUCAAACUUGCUCUUCUUGCGCUUUCAGAGA